UCAGUUGUUUUUGUGAUUUCAAACAGUCAAGUCGAGUCGUCAGAGCCCUUAUAAAAAAAAUAACUUGAACAUUUAAUUCCGAUAAGAAGCUUCCAUAAAAAUGAUUGUGAUUGUAUUGUUGACAAUUUUAAUUGUUUUUCUGGUUUCUUUCAUACGAAAGCAAUACACACAUUGGGAUAGUUUUGACAUUCCACACCUCAAAGCAAAAUUUCCGUUUGGAAAUUUAGAGUCAAUUGUUAAGAAACAAAGAUCAUUUGGAACUGCAAUUUAUGACAUUUAUAAGAACUCUAGAGAUCAAAUCUUAGGAAUAUACUUGUUUUUUAAGCCUGCAAUUCUGAUAAGAGAUCCAGUGCUUAUCAAGAAUGUUCUCACAACGGACUUUGAACAUUUUCAUGAUCGAGGUGUUUAUGUUGAUCCAAAACGAGACGCAAUGUCUGGAAACAUAUUUGCACUUGAAGGUGCAGAAUGGAAGAGUUUGAGAACCAGAUUAACUCCAGCAUUUACAUCUGGAAAACUAAAAGGAAUGUUUGAGAAUAUUAAAAGUAUUGGAACCAAUUUGGUUGAUUUUAUGCAGUCACAUGCAGAAGAACAAGCUGAAAUUGAAAUUCGAGAUAUUGCCACACGUUAUGUUGCUGAUUCCUUAGCAUUAAUUGCAUUUGGACAGGAAGGAAUCUCUUGUAUUGAAAAUCCUGAUCACGAAUUCAGAACCAAUGCAAAACAACUAAACUCAAACAAAAGCAUCAUCAAUGUUAUCAGAGCCAGUUCUGUUUUCAUCUGUCCCACUUUGAUAAAAUUAUUGAGGCUUAAAGGACUGCCAGGUUUCAUGAGGAAGUUCUGUAUUGAUAUGGUCACAAAAACAAUUCAGUACAGAGAGACUAACAAUAUCGUUCGAAAAGAUCUGAUGCAAUACCUCAUCCAAUUGAGAAAUAACAGUUCUACAGAAGCGGAUGAAUGGAAAAUUAAGACUUCAGCAAAAGGAACAAAAUCCAUGACGUACGAACAAAUUGCCGCAAAUAUUUUCAUUUUCUACAUUGCCGGUACUGAAAGUUCAUCAUCAACAAUCGCGUAUACACUUUAUGAGCUGACACAAAAUGAAAAUUUAAUGGAACGAGCGAAAAUGGACAUUCAAGAGACUUUAGAGAAGCACAAUGGAGAAAUUAAUUAUGAAUCGAUCAUGGAAAUGAAAUUCAUUGAUUUGUGUGUUAAAGAAACUUUAAGAAAGUACCCAGGACUGCCAAUAUUAAAUCGUGAAUGUACUAAAGACUACAAAGUACCUGAAAUGGAUUUUAUCAUUAAAAAAGGAACUUCAGUCGUCAUUUCACUGCUUGGUAUUAGCAGAGAUGAAAAGUUCUUCCCAAAUGCUGAAAAGUACGAUCCUGAUCGAUUCACAAGCAUUGACUUCAAUGAAGACAUGUACAUACCGUUUGGAACAGGACCAAGAAACUGCAUUGCAUUUCGAAUGGGCUUGCUAGUUGUCAAAGUCGCAGUUGUGAUGCUUCUUAAGAAUUUCAAUUUUAAAGCAUUAAGUAUUAAAGAACUUGAAUUUGAUUUUGGUACCGUAGGUCUGUUGCCAAAAGAGGGGCAAUGUAAAAUCAAAAUAUUGAAAGAUGCCGAUGUCAAAGCAGAAUAA